AACAGGCUGAAGAUAACAAAUCGACUAUCGCUACAAAGUGUUUCAUUACAUCAACGAAAUUUCCAUCUGAUCAAGAAAAUUUGCAAACGACUGAUAUGUCCUCAACUGACUCAACGUCGCUCGAGCCUAUGAUAUUAGAGGAACCUGAAGCUAUCACUUCUACCUCCGAUGUUAAGACUACGGAAGUAAUUAAGAAGGAUUUGGUUAAAAAGCCGUCCGAGAUAUCUAUUUUAGGCAAGCGUAAGGAAAGGGAAAAUGAUUACGAGCAAAACCCCGUAAAUAAACAAAAAUUAAAUAAGAUGAUGUCAAAGGUUCGACGUAUUAAUGAUACAUCUCAAGAACAUAUUUCGACUGAACAAUGGCAAGUCCCAAAGGACGAGCAAACUGCAUUGUCGAAUCCUAUAAUAAUUAAUCAAUUUUCUAAUAACACACCAAAGAUAAUGGUUAAUGAUCAAUCUGUAAGUGACUUUUGUCAGAUAAAUAUUGCAUCAAAUGAUCAGAAUUAUGAUGAAAAUUCGACCACAGUAUCACUUUGUG